CCCGCUGCGCAGAGUGCCCAGGCCCCUUCUUCCCUUGAACUGGCUAGCUUUGGACACUGACCAGCCUGCUGAGCUGAACAGUGAACACCCACCCAGGAAGCUAGCUGUACAAUAAGCUCUUCAACCCCUCAUCAUGAUCGCAUACUUGCCAUUUAGACUUUCUGACUUACUCAUGGGCUGCUGGACCAUCCCUGUAUCUUCUCUACAGUCCAGUAUCGUCCUAUCCUACCCCUUCCCAUGGCCAGCCAUGCCGUUGUCAGGACCAAGAUCUUCAAUUGAUCUCCCGUUCCCUUCCUUCCGGAGCCCUGUCUUGUCCAAACUUCAUGCUCGGACGCUCUUAGACAGUUUUCAAAUGCUAGACAGUGGCAGCAAAAGCCCCUCACUUGAUCCUUAUGACGAAGGUCCUCCUGCGAGUCACCAAAGUCGUUCAAGCCUUAGCAUGUUUCUCCUGCACGUAAUAACACCCCUCACCAGAGCACUGGACAGAAACAACAUGCGGUGUGAUGGAGAUAAAGGUGGAUGUGAGGGGCAUUGAAGCCCAUGUUGACCCGCUGGCGUCCAGCACUCACUGGUGGUCACCGCGGGGCAAAACAACGCAAAUCCACUCUUACUCUUCCACGAUACAGACAGCCAUCGCUCGCAAGUUCGCAACCCUUGUCUUACUUCUCGUCUCGUGUGAUUUGCCCUUAGCUCAUGUUGUACGAGAAAUAACUGUUUGCUUCCGAGGCUACAAAAGCUCGUCCCUGAAAAGAUGCAUAUCAUUUCAACCUUCAAACCACCCCCCCCGCCCCCCC